AUGAACAAGCAGCAAGCACCUGGAGUUGACGAAUUAUGGGUCCAACACCAGCGCCGAAAUCACAAGACCACGCAGUCGUGGGCCUGUAUCCAUUGUCUCGACCGACGGAUUUUCUCCAAUUCCGACGACCUGUGGCAGCACUGCCUUCACGAUCACAAGAACAAGCUUCCCGAAGACGAGAGCGAGCACCGGAGAUAUCGCACGAAAUUCGAGGCUGAAUCAGUGAAAAAGAUACGGCGGGUGCAGGCUACAGCCUUGCGAAAAUGGAAGACUUUCAACGCUGGUGCUGACCCAACUCGUUAUAGCGCAAAAGAUGACUACCAGCCUCGUAAGCCUGCAUUCAACGAGGCUAGAAAUGCACAGCCAGAGCCGAUGCCGUCUCAGAUGAAACGACCACUGUCCUCACCAGCUCCUACCCAAAGUAUCUCUAGUUUGCGCGAGUUGAAUAUUGGCACACCUGGUGGCAGCGAGGAAAUCGGUAUGAUGAAUGUGUCUGAGGACAGUCAUGAAAGAGAUCAGCCGCGGAAGAGAGCUGCUGUAGGAGAUGGCAUCUCUGCUGGUUCUGCUAGUCCUGCUCGGGAAACAUCUGCUUCACCAUUGCCUCGUCGCUCCAAGGCAAGGCCAACAUCAGCACCGGGACCAGGCGGGUCAGCGAUAGAUUCUCAGCAACCUUCCAUGUUCGAUGCACAAAGACCACAACAUAAUGGAAAGAAACAGUUGUGGAAUCCAGAUCAAGACACACCCCUUCCCCGUGGUACCUUUGACCCUUCCAAUAUUGCCUCUAUACAAGCGCAGAAGUCGAGACAAGCUUUGCAAAAUAAAUCUCGUAAACCACAAUUUCAACAAUCACCUCAAACAAUGGGUUCAAGGCCACCUUCAGCCCAGACUGCUCUGAACACUACUCCGUCUGCAAUUUACGGAAAGCUGGCUUCGACUCAAUCUCAAGCAACUUCUAGAGAUGACUCGUUCGAUAUAAUGCUACAGCCAGAGACCAGACCGAUAUCACAAGAGCAGCUGGUUGCAGAAGUAAAAGGCAUCUAUGCCGGCUUGGUUAUGGUUGAGGCUAAAUGCAUAGAUGUUGACAACAAGCAAGCCGCGCUGGCUGCGGCUGAUACUGGAGCAACACCGCCCAAACUGAAUAAUGAGCAAUGGCAGGCUCUUAUUGCACUCCAUAGAACUUUGCUUCAUGAACAUCAUGACUUCUUUUUGGCUUCGCAACAUCCUUCCGCAAGCCCUGCUCUAAGACGUCUUGCGUCGAAGUACGCUAUGCCCGCUAGAAUGUGGCGUCAUGGAAUCCACUCGUUUCUUGAGCUAUUAAGGCAUCGUCUACCGGCAUCUUUAGAUCAUAUGCUAGCGUUCAUCUAUCUAGCUUACUCGAUGAUGGCGCUAUUAUAUGAAACAGUCCCGGCAUUCGAGGAUACGUGGAUUGAGUGCCUUGGAGAUCUCGGACGUUAUCGAAUGGCAAUUGAAGAUGAUGACAUCAGAGAUCGAGAAGUUUGGACUGGUGUUGCUCGACACUGGUAUUCGAAAGCCUCUGAUAAAACCCCGACCACGGGUCGUCUAUAUCACCAUCUAGCAAUUCUCGCAAGGCCUAACGCUCUCCAGCAGCUCUUCUAUUACUCUAAAUCUCUCUGCGUGGCGGUUCCGUUCACCUCUGCUCGCGAAUCAAUCUUGACGCUUUUUGAGCCGGUUUUAAAUUCAGAUAAUGCUCAUGGCCAGUAUCGACUUCCCCCUUUGGAUACUGCAUUUGUUAUGGCUCAUGGAAUUUUGUUCACCAACCGAGAUAUGCAUAAGUUUGAAUCCACGGUUAAAGACUUCCUCGGCUUACUAGACAAUCAAAUUGGCAGAGUCACGCGGAAGUUUAUGGAGCAAGGGUAUCAUAUUGCCGUUGCCAACAAUGUUGCAAUGCUCAGCUUUACGUCUAAUGACAAUGUACUAAUGAAACUCAUUUCUCAAUCCACUAAAGAUGGAGAGUGCCCUGAUGUUUCUAUGGAAGGAGGAAUCCCAGAUGUCUCUGCUCAGUCCAUGGCCUAUUUCAAGAAUGCUCAGCACCUCAGCAACGAAACCACAGAAAUUGUUUUACAGCGAAUCGGAGAUCCUAAUGUCCUGCCGUUCAUCCAUGUUACUCUCGUUUUUAUUUACUUCAUGUCUCGCCGUCGUGGCACCAUGAGCUUUCUUCAGGCGACAUUUCCUUGGGUGGCGCUGUCGACAAUGCUUAAUACGUUACUGAGUUCCUACAGCACGCCUGGUCGUAUCGAGGAUGACAACUUCCCUUCUCCAGAGAAAGAUGACACUCGGCCGUUCCCAGAAGACUUUGCAAUGCGAGGCCUUCUGUGGGCAGAAGAAUAUUUCCCAGAGGAAUGGUUCACCAAAGAAAAAAUCGAUGAAGAAGAGAAGUAUCACGAGCGUCCUUCGAUGACGGCUCAACGAAAGGAAAGGAUUCUCUGGCUUGCUUGUAAGAUUUGCUCUCUUGGUCCUUGUAUUGCAUAUGACGGGAAGAGUUUUUUUGUGCCUUCAAACGACCAAGACCUCCCAUCCAGGGCAUCAACUUUUGCAUCAGCGACAACUGCCAGUACGCGUACGGGGACUUGGGAAUCACAGGCUGCCGAUGAAUCUGACGUCGAAGAAGACUUGUCAUCACCAACGAUGCCUACUACAGCAGAGCCAUUUCAUGAUGAUUGA